AUGGCGUCGGCUGAAGUCUUACUGACUCGCGGUAUCGGGACAGAAUUUGCCACGGAUCUCUUUUCCAAAUUGCCUACCUCAUGUGACUCGAGCUCAACCGAUGUCCUCCUUUCCGACCUGAACCAUCACAUCAAUACAGCCAAUAGUCUUGCGGAGAACCGCAUUGCUCCUCCGAUAGAAGUCUCCAAGAAUCUCAAGGAUAUUGGGAGGAAGCUAUGGAACGAAUGUAUCAAAGAAAGGAGAAGGAGGGACAACCUCCUGCAGUCUGCUUCUAGAACUCAACUGCUGGUUCGCACUCGGGUCCUGGCCUUCCUCGCCCAUGCUCUCGCACGGGAGCAUCGCCGUGGUAAGAGGAGGGAUAAUCUGGAAGAAAUAAUAUACAUGAUGGGCUUGUCACUCACGUUAGCACGAGUUUGUGUCGAAUCAUCGGACCUGGAUGGAGCGCUUCUGAGUAUGGCCAAAGCUGCGGACUACAUCGAACGACUAAAGAAGAUCGACAACUUGACUGCUGAGGAUAGUGCGCAGGUGCAAAAGAUUGAGGCUGAGUAUUUGACCAUGCGAUGCGCUUUGUCAUGGAAACAGGGCCGUCUCGACGUUGCGGAGCACAUGUACGCCAAAGCGGACGACCUCUUACACAAUCUCGAUCCAACUUCUGCUGAACAUUUGGCUGACACGUUUCACGGUAUUGGGGGCGACCUCUUGUCGAGAGGCGAUAAUGAAAUGGCUUUGAAGUGGCUCCGGCGUGCACUUGACCUCAUAAAUGACCAAGCGCUAGAAAGGCUUUCAACUGAAGGGCUGGAACUUCGAAUAUCCAUUCACCACGAACUCAUACAGGCAUUUAUCGCCACCGGAUCGCAAGAUGGACUGCAAGAAGCCGAGAAUCUUGUGUCGCAUGUUGAAUCAGAGAUCGGUGACAAGCCAGUGGUACUACAUUGGAGACUCGAGAUUCUUCAACGAUCUCCAAGCGAAGUCUUCAACGCCGAUGCAUGCGCAAGUAUACUACGCCGCAUGAUACGUUCGCUCGAUCUGUCGGACGCUGGGCUCGGCUUUCUUCUACAUGGUAUCAGCGAACUGCGAAUGAGAGGUCCACGUUUAGCGAUAGGUCUCGUGGAUGAGUUAUUACUCAGGAAACUUAUGCCUUCCCGUAACAUGGGCUGGAUAGGCAAAGCCAUUGUCCGGCGAGUUUGGAUGGGCACGAUGGAAGCAGAUGCGUCUGCGAGCGUAGCAGAUCUAACGCAGACACUGAAUCAGCUCGUUCAAGAAGCUGGUCAGUGUGAUGUUGAGGCCUCAACUGCUGCACUUUCUCUCAUUUGGAAGAAGCUUGAUACCAGUUAUUCCAAAAAGCAGUACAAAGAAUCCCAGCUUUGGUGCCAGGUUGCGCUCCACUCCAUCUUUGCGAAUAGUGGCGAGGUAUGCCAAGGCAAGUUCAGCAGGCGGCUGGUGCUAUGCGCUACUUCUUGUAGCGAUGCAGAGGCUGCACUUUCUGCAUUUCACUCAAUGCCUAGAAGUAUCCAGGAUGAGCCGCUCACCAGGUAUCUCAUGUUCAGGGUUUCUCUUCUGAACUGGGACCAUGACUUGGGUCGUCAAUGUGUCGAGUUCCUGGGUAAAUUUGCCGAGAAAUCUCAGUGUCGAGAUAUACUAUACGCAUGUAUAAGAGAUGCACAGCUCGUCGGCGAUAAGCUGAUGACCCUGGAAGCUUUGAAGGCGGUUGCCGAAACCUUUGAUGAUGAAGGCUCUUUGACAAUCAAUCUGCCAUCGAUUCUGAGGUGCACGAUCAGGCUUAUACACUCGCUUGAGUUGCAAGAGUGUAACGAAGGAGAUCCAAGUCCUCAACUUGCAGAAGAAACUUGCCGAAUUUUCGAAAGGGCUGGUGAGCACGCCAAAUUGGAGCCAAAGGAUGAGCAAGGUUGCAAAGUCUUCACAGUAUCGGAGCUGCACUGGUUUCGAAAGAACGCUUACAACAUCGGUGAUGAUACUGAUCUACGACUUAUGUCCGUCCGUUGUCACUUUGUCGUCGCGGCGGCACUUAUCUCCCAGGCUCGUACCGGGGACAAGGUAGAUGAACAGCUGCAGCAGUACCUUGAAACAAGACGGCACAUUUCAGAAUUCGACACCCUUUUUGACGCUCAUUUCCGAAACAACCCCAAGUCUCAGAUAUAUCCCGACCUCCUGGCCAAGCUGUCAAUGCUUUUUGUCUUUGACUUUGAGGGUGCCGUGUGCUUGAAGAGUUGGGACGAUCUUGGUCAGAUUAUUAGGAAGGCUCGAAUUUGCAAAGAUGAGAUGAUGUACAAGGCAAUGGGAGACUGCUUGUUAAGGAGUGAAGCUUCAGGAAACGUCGUAUAUGGAACCAUGCGGCUUAUAAUCAAUGAGAUAUUCUCACUGGAGCAAUUUGAUAAUCAGCAACUCGCAAAGUACAUGCGAUGCAUGUUCCAAGCUAUCCUACCCCUGGACGACAGUCUUGCUUUCCAGGUUGUGGAACAAGCGGUCCAAAUAGCACGCGAAGGAAGCCAAAUGCAGAAGCCUUUUCCUGCAGAGGACUUGGAUUGGAUCAUCGCAACAACAUUUAAUCAUGCGAUUGAUAUCUUGGCAAGAGGUGACGAGGAUCUAUGUCAGCAAUGGGCUAUGAAGGCCCUUGACCUGACCGAGUAUAUGGAUGAUAAUGGCGAUAUGCGAGAUAUGCUGCGUGAGAGAGUUGUCAAGCUGGGAUUGAGCAAAGGGGCACCCAGCUGAGUUGCGGCAUAUACUUGAUUCACAUCGAUGCUCACGCACUUUUUCUCUUCAAAAUUGGUACCGGAAUAUAAAUGAAACGGUCUUGAUGGGAUAUCCAAGCUGAAACUUGUCUCGCACAUCUUGUGCUACCACACAAACGGUAAAUUCGUGUAUCCAUUAUAACCGUUGCAGAAAGUAUACAGCUCUAUGGGUCAUGUCCCAACAACGCCGGAU